GUCCGCCAUUUUGUGUUGUAAAAUCUGUGGGAGCUCAAAAAUAACGAAAUUGAAGGACCAAACAGAUACUGAAGCAUUUUUAAAACGAGCGCAGCUUCCUUGCGUUUUGGAACGGUCAAAAACAUUGGCGAAAAUGAUUCGACUUCGGAGCGCGGAAAAGUGAACUCGUCAUGUGUAGAAUUUCAGCUGUCGUAUACAAGUUAAGGGAACAUGGAACCUGCUGUUGAUUUUCACUGGAAAGUAGAUGUCAUAUUAUGGAAACAUCCAUGAUCAUCAUCCAUUGCAUUGCCUUCCCAGUCGGACCGAUUUUAGAGUUAUAUGGGCCGUCGUGGAAAGUUGACCGAGUUGUAGUUAGUAGUGGUUGGCUUGCUCAUGUUGCUGUUGGGCAGUUGGAUUCACGCUUUAGUUUAGGCUAGCAACAUGGUUAGUUUGCACCUACAGCUCACAAGAUCACAUGUGAGGCUCGCAUAUAUUUGAAGAGUUGCAAAAGAAUCCAUGGCAAAGCAAAUGGUCGGACCCUUAUUACAGGACCGAAAAUUCACAAUCCCAGUGGAUGAAGCUUUGAAUAUCUUGAAAACAGUUGAACAUAGCAAGUGCAUUGAUGUACCACCAAUUCAGCCUAAAGAUGGAGAUGUUUACGUCUACAAGCCUUCGGAUAGUGAAUAUGCCGAUAGCUGGAAGGAAGACCAGCGCCAGUGGCGUAUUAUCUCUUCUGUUCAUUUACCACGUCGCAAUCCAACCGUUUUAAAACGCGUCUAUGCUUUGAUGUUAAAUGAUGGUAAAAUUGACAAGGAGUUACGGAAGGAGGUAUAUUGUGAAGACAAGGGUCAAGAUCAACAUAAACUGACGUUAUUACAUUUCCUGGGCAAUUUUCAGUUUGAAGAGGAAACUGAAUCAGGAAACAAGGAAGGCUCUGGUGUGUGUUCAACAGAUCAGCCAGACGAGGGAACAUACAUGCAGAUUGACACGGAGGCAAGCCCUGAAGAUAUCCUGCAUGAGUCGGAACCCAACUCAAUGACUGGAGACUCGAACCUACAACCUGCUGAAGAAAUACAGGAGCAGAAUACCAGUGUCGGAUCAACAGUAUUGGAUACAAAUGAUGAGCCUUGUACAUCUUCAGUAGAGUCUGUAGACAUGAGCACUAUGCACGCGGUCAGUACCAAGCAGGCUGCAGACUCAAGCACCGGACCUGGGGAGUUGGAGACUGCAUGGAGGUCAUUACAGACUGCCCUAGGCAAGAAGACUGGAGCCAAGCCAGUUGUGGACAUGGUUAACAAACUAUUGGAAACAGUGACAGAAGAUAAUUCCGAGGUAGAUUACUGUUUGGUCGUGUCGGACAAGAAGAGUGGCAAGAGUUCCGUGAUUGGAUCGCCAGAUAUAGCUACUCGCAGAAGUACACGAAAAAGACCAGCCGCAGACCUUGAGGAGGAAUCUCCCAAGCACGCAGUAUGCGAGGUGACACAUGGGGAAGAACUGUCUGAAUAUUUUGAAAAUAUAAACACAAGCAAAGAUGAUGUAGCUGCUAUAGACAUACCUAGUGUCACAGAACUUGGAGAGCAAGAAGUUCUUACAGCUAAAGGGGAUGUUGUGAAAUUCCCAAAACCGAAGACAGAGAUUUAUUUCAGCUACAUAGUUGUAUCCGAAGAAGAAAAGAAAAUCCACUCAGAUUUCUUCAACAAGAGACGAGCUGCAAAAAAUCCACAACGCUACCUGAAAAUAAGAAACCAUAUAAUAGAAACUUGGCAACAACAGAAACCAAGAUAUGUGAGUAUUUCACAAGCAAGGAAAGGUCUUAAAGACUGUGGAGAUGUGACACCGAUCAGUCGUAUACAUAAAUAUCUGGAGUGUAAAGGAGUUAUCAACUUUGCGUCAGUGAAGAGUCGGCCUUGGAUGAAAAAGGACAAAGAAUCUGUACACAUGACAAGAUCUGAAGCAAAGAGGCGGAAAGUAGUUCCAGCGAGUGAUUACACAGUAGAGAUGGACAAUGACCUUGAAGAUAUGGAUUUUGAUACUGAAUUAGAUCUUGAUGAGAACAUUAUGUCAUUAAAUGAUCACGAAAGCUUACAGUUGAAAAGUGGAAAGACAGCAAGGCAGAAACUCCGGCUUGAUAAAAAUGAAAAACACAGUCCAGACAUAUCAGUUGGUCAAACGGUGAAAAAUGUAAAAGUUGUUCAAGGUAAUGCUGAUGAUAGUAAAGUAAAAGCACAAGUUUGUAAGGAUGAAACAAAUGAUGCUGAUGAAAGUUCAGCAGAGGAAGUUACCAGGAAUACCCCAGAAGUUAGAUCAAGUGGACGUAGGACAAGAAAUGUAGCUACACCAAACUGGGCAGAUAUAAUUAGUGGGAGGAAAAGUUUUAAGAAAGAUGGAGGUGUUCUCAUUCAGGUGAAGAAGGAACCAAUUGAUGAGGAGUAUGAAAAAGCAAAUAUAAAACUAAGUAAAGCGAAGUCUGGAAGUAAGGAUAAACCAAAGCAGUUUGCAGAGAAGGAAAAUGAUGGAGAGACAGAAGAUGCAACAGAGCCAGAAAAAGCUGUACCAAAAUCUGAAAAGAAGAAAGGAACUCAGCAAAAAAAUUCAAAUGUUACAAAAACAAUGGUGUCUCCACAGAAUGAAGAAAAUUCAGAAAAUGCCAGUGGAAGUACUAAAUACAUAGAUAACAAGACUGAACAAGAAGAAGAUAUGGCAGAAAUGGAAACAGAAUAUGGUUCAAGUAGCAGGUUAAGAAAGGGGUUAUCAUACAAGUUUGCUUGUACAGAAUGUGAUAGGAGAUUUUGUGUAAGUUAUUUGCUAGAGGAGCAUAUGAAAAAUAUUCAUUCAAAAAGUGUUGAUGGUGUAUCCACUGGUAAUGAUAUUGAUGUGUCUGAACCAGAAGACAAUGAUUUGUAUGAAGGAGAAAUUGAUGGAGAUGAUGAUGAUGACUAUGCUGAUGAUGUUGAUGAUGAACAGGAUGAUGAUCAUGAAAUUGAUGAGGAGGAUAAAGAGUUAAUACAAGAAGUAAAAAAGCCAAUAGUUAAGAAGCAGCCAAAAACUAAAGAAGUGAAAAGUUUUAAAGAUGGUAAAAAACCCAAGUGCAAUAUCUGUGGGCAGGUUUUCUUAACUGAAGCCAAUUUGAGAAGGCACAGUCUUUUACAUACAAACAAAAUGUAUGAAUGUCCAUUUUGUGCAAAAUUAAUGAAAAGGAAAGAUUAUGUAAAUCAGCAUGUAAGAAAGGUUCAUAAAGACCAAGAUAUUGAUAAAAAUCCCAUAGAUUUUGAUAAAUUUACACACACUAUUGAACCAGAGGUGGAUUGGAAUGCUCACCAAGAUUUAGCAAACACAAAUGCAGAAGAUAAUGACGAUGCUGAAGAUGUUAAACCGCCACGUAUGAAGGUGGUGACAGGACUAGGAAAGAAAGUUUGCCCUGAAUGCAGUAAAUUGUUUGAUGCACAGGAAGAUUUAGAGCAGCAUAUGAUUGAUAUUCAUAACAAAGAGCUAAAAGAUGCUGCCUACACGUGCCAGGGUUGUAAGAAGCAGUUCAAGUCUCUAGUUAGUUAUCAGGUUCAUAAGCUGAGUCAUAGGAAAAAGGACUACAUAUGUCAGCACUGUGGUAAAAAGUUUGUCAAUAAUUCUCAGUUGCAAGUUCAUCGCAGACAUGACCAUCAGAUUCAGUAUGGAACACUUAUGUACUUCGGAUAUCUGAUGAAUGAAGGUAGACUCUCUUGUGAAAUUUGUAGUCAAGAUUUUGAUGAUAUGGAAGAAUUUCAUAAACACAGACCAGUACAUGUUGUGUUUGACUUUAUGUGUAAUGCAUGUGGAAAUGGAUUUAAAAAUGAAGAUAAUUUACACAAGCAUAAAGAGUCCGGAUGUUCACAAGUGAACCUUCAUUUGCCCUGUGGAGUUUGUGACAUGCAGUUUUCAAUGUAUGACACACGAAGAAAGCACGUACUGUCGAACCACCCAAAGCAGACAGACUUUUUCUGCCACCAUUGUGGGAAAACUUUUGAUGACAUGAAAAGUUUGACUGAACAUUUCCCUGGCCACAAAGAGGAAAAAAUAUUUGUUUGCGAAUUUUGUGGUAAGAAAUUUUUUGAAAAAAGAAAUUUAGUGGACCAUAGAGACUUGCAUCGAUCAAGCAAAAACUGGCAGUGUCAUAUUUGUGACAGAUUUUACAUUAGUAGUAAGAGUCUGCAGCGCCACAUAAAACUCCAUCUGAAUAAAUCUGUGAAGAACUGUAAACACUGUGAUUUCAAAUUCCGAACAAAUGAAGAUUUAGAAGAACAUAUGUUAAAUGUUCAUUCUGACCAAGAUUCUGAGAAGUACCACACAUGCAAUGUUUGCUGUCGCGUUUUUCUGGAAAAGUCACGCCUACUUAAACACAUGCAGAUACAUAGCGGGGACAAUACAUACACAUGUGAUGUAUGUAAAAGAACUUUUGAUGCGAACGCCCUACCGCAGUGGAAGCAUCUGAAAAUGAGUCACCCAGAAGAGGCCAAGAGAAGAAGUAAAAAGAUAUUUCAGUGUGAACAGUGUGCAUUUUUCACAGAGCACAAACAGAGACUAGAGAGGCAUAUGGAAACACACAGGGCAACAAAGGACUUCGAAUGUGAAUAUUGUCAUCGAAAAUACCAGACGACAAGCUCUCUGAUGACCCACAUGAUUGUCCAUCGAGGAAAAGUCAAGAAAGGAGCAAAACCAGAGCCUAUUUGUACCUGGACUAAUUGCAAUAAACAAUACAUCAAGCAUUCUUUGUAUAAAAGGCACUUGCUUUCUCAUAUUUUCAAGGUCAAGGUAGGCAAAGAUUUGUGUGAAUGUGGAAGGUGUCAGUACAGUGCUCCCCAGCCAGGACAAACUUAUUUUGUACAAGAUGAUUCUGACUACUCUGCAGUUGGCUUUGUUGAUGAAGAAGGAAAUCCACUUGUUGCAACAAAACUAGCUAAUACUCAGGAUCAGACAAAUGUAAUAAAUGUUCAUGUCUUGUCGUCUGGGACAGCUGAACAAGGUUAUGAAUCAAUGGAUGUUUUGCAAGAAGCAAUUGCGCAAAUAGAGGACAUUGAGAACAAGAACAACUCUACAAACAGUAAAAAGAGUGCAGAAAGUACCCGUAAUGAUAUGAAAAUAAGUGAAAACAAACUUGAUAAUGAGGGGAAUGAAGUAAAUGAGAAGAUGAAAGAUAAAGAUGGUUGCAAUCUUAAUAUGGAUUUGACAGAAAAUGAAGGCAGACAGAAUGAAAAAGACGACAGAAGUCACCAAAUAGAUGAGAAAAUAGAAACUACGGUAAAUAACACAAUUUCUGAGCCUUCGAUGGAGAAGGAAAAACUAGUAGAAUCAGAUGAAGGAACCACGCUGACAGCUGAAGCUGGAACCCAGAGUAUGGUUGAGGAAGUACUGGUAGCUGGAUCUACCAAUUCAAAUACUGCUGCACUAACAGGGUAUAGGUAUGAAUGCGGUGUGUGUGAACUAAUGUUCCAGUACAAAUGUCUUGUCUUGUUUCAUCUAGAAGAGGACCAUCCAGAAAGUAAAUUCCCACACUGUCCAACAUGUGGUAAAUGCAUCAUUGACAAGAAGAACAUGACGGAGCAUAUGUAUAUCCACGAAGAUACUAGAAGCUUUCGAUGUAAUGUAUGUAACAAAGGGUUCCGUACGAAGCAGUGCUUACGACAGCAUUCAUUUGUCCAUGCAGUAACAAAACCUUUUACAUGUAACUAUUGUGGUCAUGGAUUCACACAGAAAGGUUUUUACCUUGAACACAUCAGACGUCACACUGGCAUUAAACCUUUCAAAUGUUCUGUCUGUUCAAAAGCAUUCGUGUCAAAGAACCUUCUCCGUAUUCAUAUGUUUUCACAUGCAAACACACGCCCUCAUCAGUGUGAACAUUGCCCAAAAUCUUUCAGUGAAAAUUAUCAGCUUACUGCACACCUGCGUACACAUAAUGAUGAUCGCCCAUUUGAAUGUACUGAAUGUGACAAAGCGUUCUUUGUAAAACCAAAACUUGUAAGACAUCUCAACACAGUGCAUGGAAUAGACAAGGAGGACUUGACAAAUUAUGUUGCAACUCGUGUUGGAGACGGUGUCGGCUACAGAGACAAAACAAAGGUUCAAAAUCAAAUAGCUCAGAAAACACAAGUUGUGUAUAUAGAUUCCCAUGGUAACAUUGUAAGCCAAGAACUUAAAGAAGAGGAAGGUAUCGAAAAGCAAACUCGACCAGGCCCAAUCAGACCACCCAUAAAAAUUAGACCAAAUGCACCAUUUAUUGUCAUGAAAAAUUCAGAUGGCAUUACAUCAACUGAGACGGAAAGUGAUGAAGUGCAGUCAUUUGAAGUGGUAACUAAACGCGAUGAGCAUGGUGGGUUACAAGUAAACGCUAUAAUGCAAGGAGAAUUGAAUGUCCCUGAAGCUGUUACAGAAGAUGGACAAGUGUCAUAUCAAGCUACAGAUGGAAAUCUUGAGAUUAAUGGGGAAAAUUAUACACUUGUUACGCAAGCAGGUCAGGAUGAGGGUCAUAUUACACUACUUACUCAAACGCUUGAAGGUGUUGAGGGGCAGGGUAACACUACAGAAGAAGACGGUCAGAUUCAAGUUAUCACUCACCAGGAGGCUGUUGACAGUGAAUUUGCAGAAGGACAAGAGAAUUUACAAGUAAUAACGCAGGAAGACCUAGCCGGUAGUGUAUCGGGAGCAGAAAAUUUCAGCAUUAAUAUUGGAGAGGAUGGAACAGUAGAUGCUGCAGACUUUGAAAAGAUUGAAGCACUGAGAAAUAUGUAUAGUGAUCAACAAAUUGUCAUUGUUUUAGAGAGUCAACAGCAGUAGAUUGCAAGCUAAGGACUAGUACAUUUUAUCAUAAAAACAUAGUUGAAGCUAAAAGGAAGCUUAUUAUGUUCCAUGAAAAUCAGUUUAGGUUCUCUAAUCUUGCAAUAAACAAAACGUAAGUGAAAUGGAAAAAUAACGAUUCUUUGUUGCUUUAGUACGUUUUUUCCAUCAUUAUUGUAAUGAACAUUUGACUCUUAAGAUUCAUUUCACAUUAGCCGUAGUUUUGUAAACCAGGAGGCAUUAGGUGAAAUAAGCACAGAUGUCUUCGACUUACCAACUUUUUAAAACAGAAAUGUUAUAUAUUAUCACAGUUUAAUGGAUACUGGUACUUAGGUUAGAAAGUACUCUCAGUCAUUAAAAUAUAGUAAACUUGAGUAUGAAGUUUAGUCGAACUUGCUAACUUAGCUGCUCUGUGAUAAGUGCCUGACGUAUAGAUGUUUGUUUUAAAACACUUGAAUAUUUUUUUGUAUAUACUAUACAGCAUUUUAUGUUUUGUUCUUGUUUUUAUUUUUGUGUAUACAUAUGUAUUUCUUGUUAGAUGGCAUUUACUUACACAUUAUUUAUAUAAAUGUGAAUGUUAAUUAUACAUGAUGUAUAUAAAUGUGAAUGUGUUCGGUGACGCUUAACUUACGAAUAAACUGUAUAAAUGUGAAUGUGUUAGGUGACGCUUUAAUUACAAAUGAUCUAUAUAAAUGUGAAUGUGUUAGAUGACGCUUAAAUUACAAAUGAUCUAUAUAAAUGUGAAUGUGUUAGAUGACGCUUAAAUUACAAAUGAUCUAUAUAAAUGUGAAUUUGUUAGAUGAGGCUUAAAUUACAAAUGAUCUAUAUAAAUGUGAAUUUGUUAGAUGAGGCUUAAAUUACAAAUGAUCUAUAUAAAUUUGAAUACAUGUGUAAGGUGACACUGAAUUAGGUAUGAUUUGUAUAAAUUUACAUGUAAAUAUGUUAGAUGACUUUGAAUUACAAAUGAUUUUCAUAAAUGUGUAAGAGAAUACUGAAAUAAACAUGCUUACUAUUAGUGUGAAUGUUUAAAAAAUUCAUUCAGUUUGAUUAAGCAUACUGUUCCCAUUAAGUAUUUUCUCACUAAUAUGUGUGUGUAUUACUUUAUGCUGUGUUUGACUGUUUGUUGUUAAAUAAUUAAGCAUGUUGAUAAAUUCCUUUACUCUGUGUGGAAAUAUCCUUCAGACAGACAAGUAGUCUUUGAAGAAAAAACGACUUCUUUCAUGCCCCCGAAAGUGGGCAUAUUAAACUCGCACUGUUCGUCCAUCAGUCCGUCCGUGUGUGUGGGUGUGUUCGUCCAAGUAAAUUCUUUUCCGGGUUGUAACUCUGCCAUCCGUAUAACUUGGCAUAAAUGUUCACCAUAAUUAAACGACGUGUUAUGCGUCAGACAUAGACCCCUAGCUCCAAGGUCAAGGUCAAACUUAGAGGUCAAAGGUUAACAGGGUCUGUUUCGUGUCCAGUCCAUAACUCUGCCAUCCAUGAAGGGAUUUUUAAAUAAAUUGGCAUAAAUGAUCACCAUAAUGAGAUGACGUGUAAUGCUUAAGACCCAGACCCCUAGCUCCAAGGUCAAGGUCACACUUAAAAGUCAUAUGUUAACAUGGUCUGUCUUGUCUGGUCCAUAACUGCCAUAGAUGAAGGGUUUUUAAAAUCACUUGGCAUAAAUGUACCCUAUAAUGAGAUGACAUGUCGUGCUUAAAAUCCAGAACCCUUACACUUGGAAGUCAACUGUUUCUGCCAUUUAUAAAGGGAUUUGAAAAUAAGUUGACACAAAUGUUAACCAUAUUCAUAAGAUGCAUCGCACUUAUGACCCGUGUCUCUCAGGUCAAGGUCAAGGUCACAAAAUGAUUCUUACCUAAACUAUUCGGGCAUAUUUUGCGCAGAUAACUAGCAUUCUUGGGCACGCUUCUGGGGGAUUUGUUAGCACACUGACGGCUUGUGUUUAAAAUUCUUACGGCAAUGGGACAUUUAUACAAUUAGAUUGAUAAAUACAGUUUUCAUAGAAUAAUAUUAUGAAAUUAUCAAAUAUGGAAAGCAUUGAGCUUCCCAUUGAUAAAACUAUAAGGGACAUAUGAAUAUGUCAUGAUAAAAAAGGAGCUAUAACGAGUAAUUUAAAGGCGACAUAUCGAGGGUUGAACGCAAUACUGUCAUAAGUCCUUCUUCAUUUAAUAGGAGUUACUUUAGUAUUGCGUUCAGCCCUCGAUAUGUGUAUGUUGCGAAAUAAUGCUGUUGAUGAAUGCGAAUUGAACGACAAAAUUAGCAUGAUACAUGGAUUUGCCGAUCCUAUCAUGACAUUCAUUUCGCAUAAACACUGAAAAAGUAAAUUCAUAUCUUGUAUUUACGGUAUAUUUCCUUUCCAUUUUAAACAAGUUUUUUUUUAUAAAUUGCACAUAUUUUGUUUUAUUUAACAUAAUCUGCUUCCCGGUCAUACUGUUCACCCCACAGAACAACUAUGACGUCAUUUAAGACAGCGGCACAUUAUCAGGAAGCAGAGUUCUUGUAACUUUGGUGCCUUUCAUUUUGCGGUUCAUACAAAAAGAAAGUCAUAAUUUUUAAUGGAACGAAUGAGGUAUUAGAGUUUACUUUUCAGCUAUGUAAAAUGUGGUUGAGUGAUUUUAUAUGUAUUUGAAUGUGAUUUUUUUCGAUGAAAUACUGUUGGAAAUUACUGUCUGUUAUGAAAUAUUUUAUCUGAUUUAUCAUACGAAUUAAUGUGUGUAUUGAUAUUAUUUUUCCAUGAUGUAUGUUUUAUUAAAAGUUAAUGAUGUGUGUUUGUUGCAGAUAUGUUUAAUUAUUUAUAUACGUUAAUUAGGUCGUUUGUUGUGUAAGGCAAAUAUACAUGUACGGAUAAAGUGUCGAAAGAAUGGCAGAUCACGAGAUACAUGGUAAAUAGGACGUAUGGAAAGUAUUUCAGUUUUAGGCUUUGUACUUCUAAACUUAAAUUGAUUUUCAUUUCUCAAUGUGUGAGUCAGGUAGAGUUAAAAUGACUUCUGAUUUGUUCCAUUUUAUGUCAUUGUUUUAAUUGCCUAAAAUAGUUUGAAAAAAAUAAUACCCGUCUUUAUUUUUAAGUUUUCUAUUACAAAAUGUAGUGAAAGUAGUCGAAAUGUUAUUCUUUAAAUGAGCCAUGCCAUGAGAAAACCAACAUAGUGGGUUUGCGACCAGCAUGGAUCCAGACCCGCCUGCCCAUCCGGGCAGUCUGGUCAGGAUCCAUGCUGUUCGCUUUUAAAGCCUACUGCAAUUAGAGAAACCGUUAGCGAACAGCAUGGAUCCUGACCAGACUGCGCGGAUGCGCAGGCUGGUCUGGAUCCAUGCUGGUCGCAAAGCCAUUAUGUUGGUUUUCUCAUGGCACAGCUCAAAUGAACAAUGCUAGAAAUUCACUGGUUUCUGUUAACAGUAUGAUGGGUACAUGUACACCUUUGCUGAAAAACAAACCCGACAUUAGGCGAUAAGAAGUUUGGAAAAUGAUACAUGUUUGUUUUUAAAUUGUUCAAGAAUAUGCAAUUGUAAAUAAAUUAUAGAAGAA